AUGGGAACGUUAAUGUUUCGUCUUACGAAGGAUCAAUACUCCAUGAUUAUUGGUUGGAGAUGGGCAUUCGUCCUACAAAUUCCUUUCAUAGCGAUUUCCGCUGCGUUGGUGUCAAUUUUGGUGAAGAUUCGCGAGAAGAAGCCCGAAGAGGUAAGGGAUCGAAGGAUUGAUUACCUUGGUUGGAGCACGUUACUGUGUUCUCUGGUUACCCUCUUGCUGGCGUUGAAUACAGGCUGAAAUACGCUGCCAUGGACCAACCCCGUUGGGAUGACAUAUCUACCCUUGGGCGCGGUUUUUCUAGGCGCUUUCUCCAUGGUCGAGUUGUGGUAUGCGAAUGAGCCGGUCGUUCCAGUUAUACUGUAGGGGAAUGGAACUAUGUCGACGGUUUGCUUUACAAAUUGGUUUAUGGUGAUGAGCGUUUUCGCUGUUGUGCGUCGGCGCCUACCCAUCGAGACACACAGAGUUAAUGAUAUUGUCCAACAGUACUUUUAAACUCCAAUAUACUUUAUCUUCUGCGGUUACUCCACUGCGCAGGCCAGCCUCCGUCUAACGCCCUUCGCCAUCGGCACCUCCACCGGAAGCCUAGAGGCAGGCCCCAUCAUAAAUGCCACUAGAAAAUACUACAUCCUCGGCCAAACCGUCAUGCUAAAAUUAGUCCAGGGAGUGCUCCCGAUCUGUGCAUUCCGCCUGACAACCCCGCUCUUUCCAAAUUUCUUCAACCUUUUCACGGCCGGCGCUGGUUACGGUGGAACACUAACCGUCGCUCUACUAGCACUAAUCUCCUCGGCAGACCACAGCGAGCUUGCCGCAAUUACAUCUGCCAACUAUGAAUUGCGUUCCAAGGGUAGCACAAUUGGUACCACUGUUGGUAGUUCCAUCUUCCGGAAUGUGUUGGUGAGGCAAUUGCGUGUGCAUUUGGGGAGUGAGAAGGAGGGGGAAGGGAUUAUCCGGAGGCUGAGGGAGAGGUUCGAUGAAUUUGACAGGUUGUCCGAGGUGUGGAAGGGGAAGGCUGCCCUUGAGUAUAUGGAUGCGCUACACGCAGUCCUUUGGACAGCGCCUGAACUGGGUGUUUUGGCGUUCCAGUAUUAUACGCAAGCGAGGCAGCGCGCACAGCACAAGACGUUGGAUAGGAAGUAG